AUGGGCACGGUGGAUGAUGCGGGGAGGCUGCAAUUAAUUUACGACAACAUCGUUGGGUUGGCCACGGCCGGGGUGGUGACCGUCCUUCCUUCGGCAGAAGAGCUGGCAGAAGGUCUGUCGCACUUGGAUCUCCCUCCCAAAGACGAUGCCGAACUUUCAGCAUGCCUCUGGGUUCUGGAGGGCGCUCUGGGUGAGUGCCCUGCCCCGAGCUUUGAAGAGUUCCUCAUGAAGGCUACCGACCUGAGCCACUCUCCAACUGCAUCGCUUGGGACGAAUCUGUCGUCUGACCGACCGGACUGUCUUCAGCUUGCACAAGGUGGGAGCAAAGGAUUCCCAUCUCCACAAAGCUUUCUCUCAUCGGACGACAACGACGAGGACGAUGCUCAAGAAGAUCAAGACCGACACAGAGCGAUGCAAACCUUGCGGUCAUCACUGCAGUCGUCGCUGCGAUCAUCACCUCCGCCUGUCCAGCUCACCUUUCCAGAGAAGGGAGACUUGGUGUCCUUGUUGACCGACGCAGUGGAGCAGAUGAGCUUGUUGCAAAGAGAGGUUAAGUCGAGCAGCGCGCUCAAGCUUUCAAGCUUCAUCCAGGACCUCCUUGCUGCUGCGCUGAAUCAGGCGCAGGAGCUGGAGCGGAACUUGGCCUCAGCGGUGGAGGGAAUUCGGAAGAGCAGGGAGCUGGUACAGCACAGCCCGGCUAUUUGCCCCAUCGGCUUGUGGCUCCUGGCCUGGAAAGCUAUGGCGGCCUUGGGCGAAGCGGAAGAGAUCCUACUCUACUACUCCGGGGAGUCUGCGCUGGAUCCCCCGAAGCCCUACAAGAUGAGUCGGAUCAUGUACCAAGAUGCAGGCAACGGAGUCUUCGUCAUCACGCUGAAUGAUCCCGCACGGCUCAACUGCAUGAGCUUGAAUCUGGCACAGGAGGUGUCCCUAUUGCUCGAGCAUGUGAAGAGGGACGAGCGAUGCAAAGUCAUUGUGUGGACAGGUGCCGGACGAGCAUUCAGUGCGGGUGGCAACUUCACAGAUGCCAGUACGACCGUUCCGGAAGAGGUUUACGAGGGCUAUGUCCGCGCAGGCAUUGCAACCCGGCUGCCGGACAUCUCGUUGUCUGGCCCGACACGGGCCAUGAUCAAGCUGCCAAAGCUUUCCAUUGCAGCGGUUAAUGGAAUGGCCAUCGGCGGAGGCGUGAACCUGGCGUUGGUCUGGCAGGACUUUGUCUACGUCAGCCAGGAUGCAGUAUUUCGCUAUCCGUUCGGUGAGCUGGGGCUGACACCAGAGCUGGGCUCGUCCGUGUUGCUGCCGCAGGUGGUUGGCCUGGUGCGGGCCAAGGAACUCCUGCAGCUUGGCAGAGAGUUCUCUGCAAAGGAAGCUCUAGAGAUGGGCCUGUGCACAGCAGUGGUAGCUCCGGAAGAGGUGCUCACCAAAGCAAUUGAAGCUGCGAAAAAGCUGGCCGCAAUGCCACAGUUCGCACUCCGGGAGUCGAAGCGCCUGCUGAACAAGGACCUGGUGGCGAGAAUUGAUGGCAUCACGGAGGAAGAGUUGAAAGCUUUCAAGAAGGUCGUCGCCGAUCCUGAGACGGUGAAGGCGAUGAUGAGCCUGGCAAAGCGCACCAGCAAGUCGAAACUGUGA